UGAACAGAUUUGGCUCGCUUACAUGAUUUGACGUUUUCGUAUCAAAGCGGUCGCGAUCAGAAUAAUCAUCGAUUCCUAUAUCAGCGAACAUGGCGCGCGGAAGCAGUGCUGGAUUUGACAGGCACAUAACGAUCUUUUCGCCGGAAGGUCGGCUUUACCAAGUAGAAUACGCCUUCAAAGCCAUUAAUCAAGGUGGCCUGACAUCCGUGGCUGUCAAAGGAGUUGACUCUGCCGUAUUCGCGACACAGAAGAAAGUGCCUGAUAAGUUACUUGAUGCCUCUAGCGUCACUCAUGUAUUCCAACUGACCGAGAAUAUCGGUUGUGUCAUGACGGGUAUGAUAGCCGAUAGCAAGUCUCAAGUACAACGUGCUCGAUACGAAGCAGCUCAUUUUAAAUAUAAAUACGGCUAUGAGGUACCUGUGGACGUCUUGUGUCAACGCGUCGCCGACAUCAGUCAAGUGUAUACACAGAAUGCGGAGAUGCGGCCUCUUGGAUGUUCCAUGAUGCUCAUAGCGUAUGACAAGGAAAAGGGUCCAUGCAUCUACAAAGCUGAUCCAGCAGGUUAUUUCUGUGGUUACAGAGCUAUCUCUGUAGGGUCGAAACAAACUGAAGCUAAUUCUUAUCUUGAGAAGAAACUGAAGAAGAAACAGAAUUAUGAUUAUGAUGAGACUAUACAACUAGCUAUUACUUGUUUAUCUACUGUUUUAUCUGUAGAUUUUAAGCCAACUGAAAUUGAAGUGGGAAUUGUAUCAAAAGAUAAUCCCAAAUUCCGUGUGCUGACUGAGCAAGAGAUUGAUAAACAUUUAACUGCAAUUGCUGAAAAGGAUUGAUAAUCUUGUAUACAAUUCGUAAGAAAUAAAACAGUGUCCUGCUUAUCGCAUA